AUGCUCUACUCCAAAAUCCUCAUCGCCGCCAUCACCGGCAUCUCUUGCGUGGCUGCCAUGCCGGCUGAUGCUCCCAAGGACAAGGAGCCCAAGAAAGAUGUUGAGGUCUUCCGCCGAGGCCGUUGCCGCGAUGAUCGAGAUGACCUUUACUGUGGACGCGGGGUAAAUGAGUUUGUCAAAUACGACGUCAACAGCAAGCUCUGCUACAACGAUGGCGCCAAUAUACUUUUCUGCGCGAUUCGCGAGCAGCAAAAGCUGGCCGUCGAGCUCGCCAGGGAGUGGCAGAGACUCCAGCGAUGCGGCCUGAACCAGUACUACGCCUUUAGAGAGAGACGUUGCGAGUGCUACGGCCGACGCGAUGCGGUCACUGCCACUGACCGCUGCGACGACGACGAUGAUUUUGGCCGUGACAACCACUACCCCAAUUGCAAGGGCGAUGACAUUGCUUUUUGCGCCGCCAACGAAGACCUGAUCAUCACCUACGAUCGCAUCAACAUUCUGUGCGACAGGAACAGGGGCAACUAUGUCUUCUGCGCCGACCCGGAGCGCGGCGCCGCCCGCGAUAAGGCCAGAGAUCACUUCCGUGACCGUCGCAACAGCGUCAACCAGGCUUAG